GAAUUGAUUCCCGCAAGAAACAAAGGAUAAAUCAUAGGAAGAAAAUACCAACUAGCUUAGGAGACGUGUUAUUCAUCUUUUCAGAUCUUCUUCAUACUUGUAUUAGAAUUAAUUACAAACAUGUUUAAAUUAUUUUCAAUAUCUCUACUUCUUGCUGCUCUUAUAUUUCCAACAACGCUGGUUAAUGUUGGUAAAGUUGCAGCUCAAGAAGAUCCUGUUGAGGAUGAGGUAACAACUGAAGAAGAUGCUGGUGAAGAUUCAAAGGUUGAGACCGAGGAUGAAGAUAAUUCUUCAGAAACAACCAGCGAGGAAACAUCUCCAACUGGAAAGGAUGCUGAAGAAGAAGAAGAAAAACCUCAGGGGGUUAGGCCAUCUCCAGACGCUGAAACUGCUGUUUUAUUCACAGACUAUCCUGAUAAACAAUUACCUGCUGGCAAGCCAAUAUAUGUGCUAGUUGGUUUCCACAACAAAGGAAAUAAAGAUUUCAUUGUUGAAACUAUUGAUGCUUCAUUCAGAUAUCCACAAGAUUAUAGUUACCACAUUCAAAAUUUCACUGGUACGCAGUAUAACAGAGUUGUUCAAUCCGGUGAAGAAGCUUCUUUCCAAUAUGCUUUUCAUCCUCACGAGAGUUAUGGUGGAAGACCGUUUGGUUUAACAAUUCUUAUGUUUUAUAAAGAUUCGGAUGGUAAUCAAUAUGGUACUGGUCUUUUCAAUGAAACUGUAACAUUCAAAGAAAUUGAUGAAUCAUUUGAUGGCGAAACAUUCUUCCUUUAUGUAUUGUUAGCAGCUGUUGCUCUUUUAGUUAUUUUUGGUUUGAAUUAUGCGUUUGGGAACAGUAAGUUAAAAAGAUCCUUUACAACCAAACAAGAAGCUCCAGAAAUUGGGACUCAAAACGACAAAAAUAAUGUCGAUUACGAUUGGCUGCCCAAAGAAACUACAACAGACUUCAGCAAGCAAUCUCCCAGACGUUCUCCAAGACAAAGACGUGUUAAAAGAAGCACAGGAUCAGGAGAGGAAUGAAUGUAAACAUACUAGUUGGGUGUUUGUCACAUAUAUUAGGGUGAAACUAAUUGAUAAAUUGAUUAAAAACUUGUUUUUUAAUCCAUUUAUCAAAAGUUUGGUCUUGCUUUUUAGCGUUUUCUUUUGUCGAGCUAACAUAACAAGCGAAAUUUUGUAUGACUAUUCUAGAAAAAGUUCGGUUUGUUUUUACGUUUUUUCUUACCAAUCAAUAUAAAAGCGUGAAAUAAAUUGUAACUAUGAUAGUUGAAUUUUUUAAAUGACAUCAAUAAAAUUUUUGAAUCUC